UUGGCAUCAGCUGGGCACCAGCGGCAGCACCAGCAGUUUCCUUCGGGAAUUGGCCAACAGCCUCGUGAUGAAGGAGGCUGGUGAGAAGGAGCUUGCUGGAGAUCAUCGAUUCGCGACCGAGCGAGUCUACUGGCUGAGCAAGCCGACAGUACCAGGUUCCUUCGAAGCUGGGUUCACAACGCUGGAGAUGCGUCCUUACUCCACCCGACUGGUUCUUGGUCUUUUUCCGAUGGCCGAACAG